AUGAAUAAAUAGGUUUUAUCGUUCAUUACAUAAAACCAAAACAAAUAUAGCUACAUUCAUUUAUUAGAUAACAUCCUAAAUAUUCAAACAAUUAACAAUCAACAGUUUUUGAUUUUACAAAACAAUAAAUUGAAUUUACUUAUCUUACCAGCACAAUUAUAAAAAAUUAUUGAUUUCGAUAAUUAAAUCGAAUUCUUGGAUUGUAUUAUUUAAGAAACUGAAAUCCUAUAUAUUUUAUAAUCUUUGUCAAGUAAUUCAAUUAUUUUAUAGUAGAUUACAAAUUAUUGUUAUUAAUAUACAAUAAAAACGAAUAGAAACUUAAAGUAUUUCAAAGAGAAAGUAAUGAGAGUCUAUCCAAAAUAAAAAUCAUUCAAAUUAUUGAUUCUGAGUAGUUGAUAUACAAUGCAAUUCUUAUUAAAAAUUAAUAAGUAUGCUUACUAACUCAAGGUAGAAACAAUCCAUUUUGUCUUAGGAUUAAACAACUAGACCAUUGAUAUUUGCAGUGAAAUAUAAAAUCCUAUGGAUAUUUAUAGAAUAAAUGAAUCACUAAUACUACUUUUAACCAAGCAUUCAAUUUACAUUAUCAAUAAUCAAAUGGAAAUCACAUCUAUUAACAUGCCAAUCCCUAUUAAUAAUAUAUAUUAAUCAUUAACAAUCUAAAAUUAGCAUUAUAUUCUAUCUAAUAACACAUUAAUACAAUUUGAUGAUAAAUCUUACACACUUUAUGAUAAUCAUAUAGAUGGCAUAACGCUUUAUGAUGAAAAUUUGUAUCUUUUUUAUUAUAAUGAUCAACAAUAAUUGUGUUUAUCCAACAUUGAUGGGAAAGUUGUAAUCAAAUUAGAUUUUCAUAAAAAAAUAUCAAAUAUGAAUAUUGUUAAUUUAUAGUCAUUAUUAAUGAUAGAUUAAGAAGGUUCUGCUUAUUUGAUAUUUUAACCAGAUUUUAACACUAUCUUGUAAUAAUAUUUUAAAUUAGAUGAUUUCAAAGAUUAAUAAUAAUAAUAAUAAUAUUCUUAAGUAAAUUAUUAAUAAUAAUAAAUUACUUAAGAAUAUUUAUUUAAUCUUAAUAAGACUUAAAGAUAUAAAUAAAGUAUAGAUGAUAUGAUUAGUAUUAGUCUUAAAUAUAGUUAUAUCUAAUUAUUGUUAUUGAUUUGUGCAAGAAUAAGAGUUUUUAGAGAAUUCUUUAUUCAUAUAGACAAAAUGUCUGAGAAUGGAAAUGAAAAAGAAUUGAGAAAUUUAUUGGAUAUCAAAAAGAUUAAGAAAUGUGAAUGUAUAGAAAAUGAUUAAAUAAUGGAAGAGUUAAUUGAAGAAUGUCUAAAAUAUAAAAACAAGAAAAUCUUCAUUUAUUUUUAAAAACUAUUUAUUGAAAAUCCUUUAUAUGUCAAUGAUCAUUACUAUUGUCAAAUAUUGUAAUGUGAAAUUAAUAGAUUACUUUAUUAAAAUGCUAACUUAGAGAUGCCAAUCAUUCCAAGUUAUGCAUUUAAAAGAGUAACAAAUUAUAUUAUGUUUUUAUAAAAGGCAAAAAUUGUAUUUAUUUAAGAUUUGUUUGUAAAGAAAGAAAAAUAAUUAUAAUUGUAAAUAAUAUAUAUAUAUAUUUAGAAUAAAAAAGGGAAUGAUAGGAAAUGCUAUGUAAUGUUAUGAAUGUUUGAAACCUAUUUCAUUUUCAGUCCAGAAUAAAAACUAAUAAUAAUAAGAAAAUAAAAUAGUGAAGUAUAUGGAUUGUUAUCAUGCAAUACAUAAAUAAUGUGUUUAAAUGUAGCAUGAAUGUAAUUAUGAGAAUAAUAAAAAAUUGUUUUAAUUUUGA